UAAUUGGUUGAAACGCGGAAGAAGCUACUGAACACAUGGCUAACAGGAUGCUCAUCUAAAGUGAAGACGAGUUAAUACAUAUUUUAAAUAGAUUUUAGCCGUUUUCAAUGCGUUGUGUAAGUAAGCAUGCAGCGACAGUUUUAUUCAUCUUAAGAAGUCUCUUGUCACUUUUGCUUCUUGUUUCUUAUGCCAAAAAGAACAGGAAAUGUGAUGUGGUUGUUAGCAUGUUUUGCUAACUUAAGGCUAAUAGUGAGUCUACUCAACGUGAGCUUAUUGUUAUCUUCAUAUUUAAAACGCAUAACAACCACAACGCUCGUCUGCCAACGUCUCUGUAUGUAACACCAUCAACAAGUGAAACUGUAAGUUGUAAUUUGAUAUCUUUCAAGUCCAUAAUGUAUCUUCAGUCAUAGUUGUUCGUCAUUAAGGAAUGGAGACAGUCGCACUGGUCGCUCCAGUCACUGGUUUGGAGUUUCUCCGGGACGACUUUCUACUAACAGGUGAAGGUCCAGUCCUCUCAGUGUACAGUCUCCAGCCUUGCCCCAAAGCCCACGCCUCACUAAGUGUCCUCCAACACUACAGAAUUCAUGGAAUAAGACCUAGAAGUCAACCAGCGGAGAGCUCUGUCACAGCAGUCCACAGAGAGAAGAAAAAAGAGCCCAGCUUCUAUGACCUAGCUGUAUUCGGAGGGAAGGCUGUGAGGCUGGUAAGGUUCCAUGCGGAUCCUCAGGAAGGGGAACAUCCAUGUUUGGAGAUCCUGGGUCCCCUCACGGAGCUACAAGACUGGGCUCUGGAUGUCCGAUGGCUCCCUGGAAACAAACAGCCGCUGCUCUGUGUGGCUGUAGCCCACAAUAGUGCUCUUCUUCUGGACGUUAUUACAGGAGAUGUGUUGAUGCAGCGCUGCUGUCUAGAGGGCUGUCUGCUGUACUCUGCCCUUCUUCUGGUGCAUGAAUCCUGGGCUGAUACUGUCUUAGUAGGAGGGACUGUUUUCAAUCAGCUGAUUCUCUGGAAGCCUGGAGGAGAUGAAAGCAGUGAUCCUGAGCGCAAAGCUCCAGUUGAGCGCCAUCUCUUGGGCCACACUGGCGUCAUCUUCAGCAUCUCUUACCUCCAUGAGAAAGGCUACCUGGCUUCGGCUUCUGAUGACCGAAGCAUUCGGGUUUGGGGUGUUGGUACUUUAGGUGGACUCGGAGGGAAAUGUGGGGACUUGAACCCGCCUUGUUUAAGGGUCCUGUAUGGACACCAGGCCAGAGUGUUCUCAGUGCAUCUGUCAUCAGGGAACGUGUUCAGCGCUGGGGAAGAUGGGGCCUGUUUGGUCUGGGACUGGGCUGAAGAUGGGAAGGUGGUUCGCACGUUGAAGGGACAUCGAGCUGGAGGCAUUCGUGCUCUGGCGGUCAGUGAGGAAACAGGAAAUGAGGAGAGAUGGGUGGCUACAGGGGGAGCAGAUGGAGGAGUGAGGCUGUGGAAGGUGGAGGACAGUGAAGAAAAGAAGGAGAGUAUAGAGGAAGAAGUGACGGAGAACCUAACUGAUCUGAAAUUUCCCAAUCAAGGCUUACCUAAAGCAGUUUCUGUAGUAGGACAAGAAGAUGAAAAUACAAAUUGGAGUCAGAGUCAGUUUGUGGUUUGCACUGACAAAGGAAUAGUUAGCCAAUACAGUGAUGGAAAGUGGGAUACCAUAUGGCAGGGGACUCCUGAGUUUCAGUCCUAUUGUGUGAUGGAAACAGUAACUGUAAUUGUGAAAAGCUCAAAUGCCAAAGUUCAUUUGUGUGCUGUGGGAAACCUCAGUGGUUCCUUGCAGGUGUUUCCUACUUCUCAUCCUCGGUCUGGGAUUCUUCUUACAGGUGGAGCAGGAAAGAUCCAUAGCCUGAUUUGGCACAAGGGAAAAGAAAGUGUGCAUUUGUUAGCUUCAGGUGCUGAAGGACUCGUCUAUCGCUGGUGUAUUGACGUAAAACUUGAUGAAAACAGCUCCUUAGCUCUCAGUGUAAGUCCUCUUCCUCCUUUUCUUCUUCCUACUUGUGCGAAACGUUGGCUUACAGCUGCAGUGAGCCUCCAGUCGAGGUCAAAGGAGGUGCUUUGGGUAUGUGGAGACAGGAGAGGGUCUUUGCUUUUAUUUCAGGAAAGAGAAAAAUCUGAGGAGAAGAAGGAAAAUGACGAGGAGAGCAAAGAAGGUGAGCUCACAGACAGGAAACAAACUGAGAAAAAUGGAAGCAGUGGAGGUGGAAAACUGCAAGAACUGAUGCUGCACCCACGAAGUUGUCUGUUUGGAGUGCAUGGAAAGCAGGGUGUAACUUCAGUAUGUGAGUACCAGGGAUUGUUGUACAGCACUGGCAGGGAUGGAUGUGUGAGGGUGUUCAGAGUGCAUCCAGCAGCAGAAAAACCUGAGGAGAAUAAACACAGUUACAUUGGAAAGAGUGCAGAGAACAAAGCAAGGCUCCAGCUGGAGGUUCUCAGAGUCCAGCGGGCCUGUAAGGGUAUGGAGUGGCUGGAGAGGAUUCUGUUUCUUGAACCUGAAAUUCCAGUUAAUGAAGAACUAGGAGAGGAUUGUAAGACAAACACAAGGGAAAACAAUUUGACUGAAAACGAAGAAAGAAACAAGGGAAGAGAAGCCAGAUUUGUCAUUGUUGGCUUCCAUGCUGCCAACUUUGUGGUUUGGGACCCUGUAAGACAGGAGAGGCUGUUAGCGGUGCCCUGUGGUGGGGGGCACCGAUCCUGGAGCCUCUGGCCAACUCACAGAGGGGUUUGGACUGGAUAUGGAGCUUUGGUCUUCAUUAAGCAGGGGGCUGUGCUGGUUUCACAACCCCCUGGAGAAGCACCAGGUUGGGCUGGGAGGCCAGGAGGGACUGGAGGAUGGAGCCUGAGAGAGGGCAUCCAUGGGAGGAUGAUUGGAUGCGUGUGCAGGCUGGGGAGAAUAGGGGAGUGUACUGCAAAUACAACAGAAAUUAAGGGAGGUGAGGUGGAAAUGAGAGAAGUACUGUGGGAAAUAGUGGUGACAGGAGGAGAGGACACUAGCUUGACCGUGCUGGCAGUAAAUCCCAUUUCUGGCAGCAUCAAAGUCCUUUCAGUUAUUACCGACCACAUUUCAAACGUUUGCGCAAUAACAGCAAUAACACGUCCAGACGAAGAGAGUAAAAACCAGGCGAAUUUCAUCUCUGCCCUGCUGGUGUCAGCCGGCGGUCGGGCUCAAAUCCAGUGUUACCGGCUGCUGAUAACGUGGGACAAACAUAGACCAACUCCUUCCUGUCAGGUGAUCCAGGUGGCAAGCCACCGAUUGGACGAACAGUGGGAGAGGCGGCGGAAUCGACACAAGACAGUGAAAAUGGAUCCAGAAACAAGAUACAUGUCCAUAGCAGUAGUGGAUGAAAAGGAAGGCUGUAUUCUUCUGGCUCUGUCCUGCAGUGACGGAGCCGUCAGAUUGUUUUCAGUCAGUGAAGUGAAAUGUCAAAUUGAGUUGCUGAGGGAGACCUUUCACCACCAGCGCUGUGUGCUCAGCGUCACCACCUGCAGUCUGGAGGAUGAUAAAGGCAACAGGUAUAAGUUGCUGUUCAGCGCUGCAACAGAUGGGAAAAUUGCAGUGUGGCAUUUGACUGAAGCUUCACUCACAUCGAUGGAUAAUUCAAGCGGUGCCGCGGCUCUACCAAUCCCCUGCCUCGACAUUCCCGCCCACCAGAGCGGUGUCAACUCAUUGGCUGUUUGGGCGGAGAAACUGGGACAACAUGAGAAUGGUUGCCUGGUAACUGUUGCUAGUGGAGGGAUGAUGGGCAGCUGACAGUGUCCACAAUUUGGGUGCAGUACCCAGAGGCUGGGGGUAGCAGAGGGUUUUCUCACAUUACCAUGUCCCAAACACAGUUUCAACGUCCAGACCAGCUUCAUCUUCAUCUCCAAUCCCAGUCCAACAUCCUUCU